GUUGGUGUGGGUAAAGUGUCUCAGUUGAAGGAGGUAUAAGGUCCGCCUGGUCCCAAUCCUAAUAAGGGGGACUGUCAGAUGUGAAGGCAGAACCUAGAAGGUCUUGGAUGACAGCAGAGGAGAAUGCCGCGGUCCUUCCUUGUAAAGAAGAAGCAGGGUAGGUGUGGGGGGUGGAGAUGGAGAGAUCCCCGGCAGACUGGCAGGCAGGAAGAUAACCAGACGCGUGAGUGGAUCAGGGAGAGGAUCUGUCACCGGCCCUGGACCUCCCCAGACCUCCAGUCCUCCCCGCUCCUCCACAGGAUCAGGGAGAGGAUCUGGAGGUGCCACACAGAAGGCAGUGUCAGGACCAGGUCCAAGCCAGAGCUGGCCGACUCUCCUCACACAGAAGGCAGUCCCCGCUCCAUGCCCACGUCUGCAGGGGACCAUGUAUGCGCGCUGUGCCACAAGGUGUUCCCCCUGCAGCGCAUGCUCACACGGCACCUCAAGUGCCACAGCCUGGUCAAGAGACAUCCCUGCAGGUACUGUGGCAAAGGCUUCAAUGACACCUUCGACCUCAAGAGGCACAUGCGCACACACACAGGCAUUCGCCCAUACCGAUGUGAGCUGUGUGAGAAGGCCUUCACACAGCGCUGCUCACUGGAGUCCCACCUGAGGAAGAUCCACGGAGUGAGGCAGCAGUACGCCUACCGCCAGCGACGCUCCAAGAUCUUUGUGUGUGAAGACUGCGGCUACACGUCCAACCGACCAGACGAGUACUUCCUGCACGUGCGGCAGUGCCACCCUGGUAGCCCCGCCCUGCGGCGCUACUACCGGCGCCAGGCACAUGAACAUGUCGGCACGCCCGGCGCUGGGGAACACAAACUGAGCCCCUUUUUAAUGUACUCCACCCCAGGGUAUUACAUGUGAUGGUCUGAUGCUGCCAAGAGACAAAUCCUUCUUCUUACUCUCCUGGAUCACUGAAGAGGAUUUAACAAUCAAGACAUUUGUGAACAUUUUUGCUGACAGUUAAGAGGAAAACAUACUUUAGAAAUCAAUCUUAGGAAUUAACUAAUAAAUAUUUUAUGAAUUAAUACUCCAAUAAUUUGA